UCGGGAAUACUUGUUUCCAUUGGAGUGACCGUAGCGUUGGGUCUUGUUGGUCCAACUUGUCCAGCCGUCGCAUUAAUGAAAAUAUUUCGAAUUUGCUUCGGUUACAAUUGAUUUUCAGCGCUAACUUACAGUGAUAUAAAACAAAAAAAAAUCAAGGUUUAUUUUUCUUAGUAUGUUAAAAUAAGCGACUUUAUGUUGGUCGCAUGAUCAUACAUCGAGUGUGACGUCAUCUUCGGCAGCCAAAUCACUGGACAGAAUUUCAAAAUUACCGGCGGUCGACGCAGGACUAGUGUACUUCACGAUUAACUGAAAUGGCGCCUCUAAAAUUUGUCAUUAAGUGUGGGAACUUUGCUGUGCUGGUGGAUCUUCACAUCCUGCCCCUAAGCAGCCAAGAGGACACCAGCUGGUUUACUACAAGCCACAUUGAGGAAGUUACAACUCUGUUUCGUGACGCUGUGGAACAAAGAGUUAAACAGUACAAAGAGUCAUUUCAAAGAGCAAGACAAACAAAACACAAAAAGGAGCUAACACCUGCUUCAGCUUUUGUUGUAAAAGGCAAACAUUUCAACAUAGUUGCCAAUUUUCUGAAGCGCUACACCAACCUUCGAUGUGUUGUCAAGCAGCACCAUGUUGAGUUGUGUGUGUUUCCUGAGCGCUACGUUGUGUGUGUAAGCCGUCCAGAGGAUUCCACAAUGCAAUAUACAAAACCACUCUCAACCACAACAGAGCUAUGCGAACAAAUCAGAUCAGAAUAUUUUUCCAGAGAGGGAGAAAUCCAAGAGUCUUUCAACUGCACCACAAAAAUAAAGAAAACUGUGCUUCAAAAGAUAGCCAAAAAAGCCAAUGUCCAGCAAGAGCACCGAGCUCCCUUUGUGGGCAAGCAGCAAAUUGAGCAGAGAGCCUGUGUUGAGUACCAAAGAGAGAAACAUGGAGAUGAUCACUCAGACAAAAGCUCAUCAGUAAAUGUCUCUGAUGCUGGAAGGAUGGCCCCUGAAAACAUAGGGCAACAGAUACCAUGCUCCAAUGUUGUGAUUCAGAACCAGGGCCUGACCUUUCAGAGGCAAACUGCAACUUGUUCUCCCGACAGCAUAAACCCAAACAUGCCCUCAGUGAGUUUCUGCCCACAUGAAUUCAAUCCAGGAAGCAGAUGGAGCAAGAGGACUAAACCCGGCGAUCCAGAAGACCCUCGGCCAUUGAAGGCCAACAGGGCAGGCCUUGAUGGAACUCCAGCCAAAAUGCAAACUCACUCCACUGAGUGCUUCACACAAAUAUCCAAAUACAACUCUCUUCUGCUACCGCCCCUUCCUCUAGACAAAACCAAGGAGGAGUCCAAGGCUUUCCCAGUCUCAGAGUACAAGAAAACCACAGUGGAAGUAGAGCUGCUUACUCCAGGGAAACGGGACCAGAGGCCCCCCCUCACAAGCAAUAACACAACACAGACGAACCAAAACAGGCUGGCCACAAGUUGGAGGGGCCUAUCUGUCAAGCUUGCAUCCUCGGGAUCGGUUAUUACUUCCAGAUCCACAGGCGGGGAGGAGGGAAGUAAAAAUGCGCCCAGAACCUCGAGAUUACGACGACUGAAGAGGUCCUGAGGGGGACAGAGGAGCUACAGUCAAAACGCCUUACGCUAUCGAGACAGAAAUGAAAUUGUGUCAGGCCUCAUGAUCUCCCUCCCAAUCCUCCCUCCAUGGUGUUUGUACACACACAUGGCCUUUUACUACAAUGUCGAUUCUUUUCACACAAAGCCACACAGGCAGAUCCAAUACAGAACACAUAAUUGAUACAUGAGCGUUUUGAGUUAUGUUUUGUCAAAUACUUGAAACAGACUUCGCCUCCACCCAUAAGUAGUCGUGGUCAAGAGAGGCUUGCAAAUGAAAGUCAAAAACCCUUAAUUGGAGUUUAGACUCGGGUUUUGUGUUAAAAGAUUGGGGAUUUCAGACAGGCAGGAGCCAUGCAGUACGUCAUGGCUUUCAGGCUGAAAUAGUGGCUCCCAAGUGUCUGUAAACUGUCCACUUUCCCCGCUGAAGCUCUGCUGUGAUUGAUUGCUGUUUCCAGAUUUAUAUCAGGUCUGUUUCUUUCGUAUUGAAAUUCUUAGAGCUUUUUCAUUCAUGCAUAAUUCCCAUUCAUGCUCAUUUCUGUAUUUACAUUCUGUGUACAUGAAAUGUACAGUAUUUUCACAAUUUUUUAAUGCGCCAUGAGAAGUUGUGCUUAGGUUGAAAUUUGCAUGUUUGUCUUUGUACAACACAGAAGUGCACAGCAAAUGCAAAGUAUUGAAAUAUUUGGUUUUGGUAAGAUCAAAGCAUUUGACACUGCCCGGCAAACAGUCUGUCAAAGAGCCAGGCGUCCGUCCCUAUUAGAGUGCUGAGCAACGACAGUCCAAAUUCAAAACUUACGAUGCUCCACGUGAUGACAUGUCACCCUAUAAUGUACUAUUUUAAUAAACCUUGGUUUUACUGAA